AUGGUGGAGGACCGUUUCGUCGGACGACAGAAUCUUGUUCCAGUCUUGACGGGUCCAGUUGAGAUGCUCCUUCGCCCACUUCACCCUGGCGACUCGAUUCUUUUCAGAAAUCAGCGGUUUGUUCACUGGACGUCUUCCCAUGAUUCCAGCAGCAUUCAGACGUUGUUUCACGGUCGAGACGGAUGGCGGAGAUGGAGAAUUCAAGCAAACUUCCCGUCUGAUCGCAGGGACGCUGAGUCUUGGAUCGGUAAUAAAAAUAAAUAAAAAUAAAAGCAUAAAAAACAAAAAAAAUGGAAUUCAAUAAAAAAUGCCUAAAACGCGUCACAGUCAUUGCGGACAUGUCUUUGUAUACCGUAUAUGUUUCAAAGUAUAUUUUACAUAAUCCCUGAAAGUUAUAUAUAAAUCGGAUAAGUACUCGCUGAGAUAUCCCCAAAAAACCAAAACUUAAUAGACUUUUGAGCGGUACUGUAGCGCAAGACGUUUGCGAGGUCGCAGCGAGAAGCGAGCGAUAUCGCUCGCGGCUCCCCCGCGGUAUAGCGUCACUCUCGCUGUUAUAUAGUUCACAAUUUUGGGUGUAAAUACCUCGAAAAAUAUCAAGUAGGCCGAAAAUUUUGAAUGAAAUGCAACUGCUCUUCUUGCAAUUAGUGAUGAUUCGUUUCUCUACUUUUUUUUAAAGAAUCAAAAAGUCAGAUAAAGAAUUUCCUAGUAUUCAAAUAGAUUCCAGUUUUUGCCAAUUUUUGGAUUAUUUACCAUUGGUACCAAAACUCACCACACUGUGAUAACAGAAAGUGUGAGUAUGAGAGUGUGCGUCGUAGGGUCCGUGUCAUUCUGGCCGAGUGGUCUAAGGCGCUGCGUUCAGGUCGCAGUCCUCUUCGGAGGGCGCAGGUUCGAAUCCUGCGGAUGACAGCUUUUUUUUGUCCUCGACUAAUUUUUUAUGGAUGUUUUGGUACAGCAGUUAUUGCGUUCCACAGCGUGAGCAAGUGCACCUAAUCUCGAAUAUUCUGAAAAAGAGGAGAUGGGAGGACGCACGAUGAAUGAUUCAUUUCCCAGAAAGCUCCUCUCUCCUUUUCCAUACACCGCUCGUCUGAACUAAUCGCCUUCUCAUGGCAUUUUGGCUUUUUCUUUUGUUUCAUAUUGUCUUUUGUGUUUGAAACAUAUAACAAAAGUUUAUAAGUUUUCAUUUCUCUUUUGAAAACAGGAAAAUCGGAAAAAUUGAAAAGACGAAGUUUAAUUGUUUGUGGACGUUUUGUUCAGACUUGAAAGGUGGCGAAUCGGCAAAAAGACCACAAUCGAAGUUUCCAAGUUUCCUCUAUUCUGUUACCAAUAUUCUCUCGUCACUCCCUUUGCUAGCUUUGUUUUCAGCUUCCAUUAUUCCACAAGCAAAAACACAAGAAAAGUUUGAAAACUCUACGAUACUUUUAUUUGAAGUUUUCUGCGGUCGCUUGAAAAAAAAAAUUAACAAUUUGUUUCAAAAGUCCGUGGAUUCAGAAUUUGGAACAAAUUGAGAACUCUAAAGGCUCGUGGCUUUUUUGGUCCCUCCUAUUCUUAUUCAUACUUGAUGCAGCUCUUAUUUUUCACAUUUUCUAGAAGGUUUCAGCAGUUUCCUUCUAGAAUGGCUUGACGUGCUUUGAAGCGGCCAUAGUUAAGACACAACGCGUUGAGAUAUUCUAAAUGCCACUUCUGUAGUUUAAGCAUUCUCGAAUGAAUUAUCACGCCGAUUCACCUUUUUCUUUAUCAGUACUCUGAUCUGCCUGCCAUUCAUGUUCGAGAUAUUUUACGUUGAACUCUUUCUGAUAUGAUUCUGAACUACUACAUCGUUCUGCAGGACGACCCGAGGCGCGGCUUACGAGAAUGCGGUGGAGCACGCUUGUGCAGGUGCUGGCGGCGGUUGUGCCGUCGACGCUGGCCGUGAAAUGUCUCGACUGUGUCGGCGCCGACUGCAUGGGAUCCUUCUGCGAGGGAGACUAUUGUAUGCUGUCGCAGUACGCUCCGCGCUGGGGUACCAUCGAAUGGGGCAAACCAGAAAUCGUCAAGGUUUCCAAGUCGCAUUUUUAUAAUUUUAACAAUUUUUCUAUAGAGAAAAUAAUUUUUGAAGGUUUUUUUACACAUUACUAGAUAAAUGAGGAAAAAAUUAUUGUUUCUUCAAAUUGUGAAGAACAUAUCGCAAAUCCUGUCCAACCACUUUUUUUUUGAAGAGGAAGAUGAUGUUCUUUGCUAAUUUUUCGAGCCAUUCCAAUAAUGAUUCCAAUUCACAGUCUUUUUCGCUUAUCACUUCAGCUUUUAAUUCAAAAUCUUCAGGGCUGUCUGUCUGGACGGAUGGUCAGCAAAGACUUGCGCGAUCAUUGCGAAAUCGCCGUUGGAGCUGACGUGAGUUUUGUUUUAUUUUCGGAGCAGAUCUAAAACCAGACCCGCGGCCUCGUGAUAAUUUCAUCAAGCCGAUCGAAGCCAUUAGUCUGGGCCGCCUGAAACACGAGGAAAACGGAGCCAUGACGAGCUUUUGAUGUCUUGCUGAAUAGGGAAAGAACUUCUAUUCGGGAUUGAUAGUUGACCUUAACUUCUCGCGGAUGGCAGAUCUGCGUGGAGUUCUCGGUAAUUGAGGAUGUCUGAUAAGCUCUUCUUCUUUCAAAAACCUCGAUCCUAAUGAUUUUUGAUGGUCGUUGCAUAGCGUUUUCCAAGAGAUUAGUGUUAAAAAAGUACACUUUGACAGUUUUCAAGCUUCAGCUAUACAGUUUUAAUAUAAAUUCUGUCGGUAAUCAUGGCGGCUCCCAAAAAGGUGAGGUCGGAAAAGGCGCAUAGUGGUUUCCUAGAAAUCCUAAAAAAUAUAGAAAGUUUUUUCGUCAAAAGCUCAUCAAAAGUCUGAAGUUUUAGAUGUAUUCUCGAAUCGGAGUCUCAGGGGUUUCCCAGUCAGAAGGCUCUUAACUUUGCCUUCAAUAUUUCUGAAAAAUCUUGAAGAUCUUUGUAAUCAAAUGCAGUGUGUGCAGUUCUUCAUAGACCACGUUUGAAUAUGUAAUCGUCCGUUUCCGGCCGCACCAAAAAUCGUAAUCAUUUGAGCUUUCCUGCCAGAAAACGUGAUGGAAAGGCAGAAAGGGAUGGCGGGAAACCCGAUAUUUGAAAGCCUCGCACCCACUUGAGCCGUGGCAAGCCAUAAAACGCUCAAAAGCAAACGCAGAAAAAAAAAAUCCGAUCUUGCCCGAUAAGGGCGUUGGGGUUGGAAGUGAUGUCAUUUUUUCGUUUUUUGGAAGUAAGCUCGCAGAAAUAAAGUUGAGAUUUUUUCGGGAUCUUAAAGCUCUUACUUAAUAAUUAACUGAAUAGAAUUAUUUUGCAUGUUGAGAUACUUUCAGGAGAUUUGGGUAGAGGUACUUGGAAACUACCAGAAUUGAUUGCUAAACAAAGUUUGGAAACUGAGAUGAAAAGACUUUUAAAAAAUGCGUUGUUCCCUUAUCAUUAACAUCAGAGAUGCACGGAACAGUUCCGCAAAAAAAACGCGGAAGUGGGAAUUUUUUGAAGGGAAAAAUUUUUUAUUCAAAAAUAAGAGGAUAAUUGUGAAGCUAUAGCUGAUCCAUGGCUGGCUUGAGCCAUCGAGAAAAGGGUCCUGCCACGAAAAGAGACGAGACAGUGCCACGAAAAGAGACGAGACAGUGCCCUGGUUGGUGGAGGUGCAGACAGGCCACGCCUUUUUACGUCUCAAGCUAGCCGUGAAUUGUCUAUAUGCUUAUGGAAAAGUAUAGAACAAAAAAGAUUCCAAAAUAAAGCUACCAUUUUCAAUAAAAAUCCAAAAAAACAGCAAUCUUUUCCGAGUUCCGCGUUCCGCACUUUUUUGCGAAACUUUGACCUGUUUUUUCCACUUUUCUGAGCUAUGACAGCCAAAUUCAAAACAGUUUUUUGUUCUAUACUUUCCCAAUAGGCAUAGCUUCACGAUUAUCUACUUAUUUUUGAUUAAAAUAUUUUUCCCAUCGAAAAAUUCUCACUUCCGCGUUUUUCUUGCGGAACUGUUCCGUGCAUCUCUGAUUAACAUGAUGAAAGCGAAAGCUGUUUAAAGAUCCUGCUAGGUUUUCUUGCUUUUCGAAAUGCUUAACUUUUUUGUUUCCUUUUUUUAUCAAUUAAAAAAACUAUAUAGUCAUUGAAUAUUUUGAGCUUUACGAAAGCCAAUAAAGCACCCUGACAAAAAGAACUUGUUCCGCGGAUAUAAUGCUGAUUUUAAGAAACGCCUAUCCUUUCCGGUUUUUUAGGUGCAUCUCAUUUCCUCUUAAGCUCCAUUGGGUCACGAAUCACCGUGUUAGAAAGGAGGAAUGCGAAAAAUGGGAGUGACAUCACUUCCGGCGAGUCUUCGGGCCACGGGAAACGAUUAGCUGAGAAAAAGUUGCGAGUGUGGAGGAAAUUGGCGUCGGAGGCUUUCUGUCGGGAGCAUUGCUCAUCUUAGAACCAAACUUGGAGGAAAUAGGAAGUUUCUGGCUUUUUGUUGUCGGUUUUUCAAUUAUUUUUCGAAUUUUAUCUUUCAAACUUUCAACAUCUGAUAACUGCACUUCUCUUUCAUUUUGCGCUAACUUUUGGGAUCGAAAUGAAAAUUCUCAGGAUUCAGAGAAAACCUAUUUCUCUGAAACCUUAACGCAAAAACCUACAAGACUUACGCUUUGCAUGGAAAAAAAGACGAAGAAGCUUCGUGCCGAGAAGACAUUCACGUGCAAUACGUCAGCCAUUAAUGGCCUCUUUUUUUGUUCUUUUGACUAGGACCGACAAAAAAUAAUAUAGACGGGCAGGCUGUUGAUUCGGCUUGUCUUUUCUGCCUCGUUGUCGAGACAACUCUUCGCAAAACAAGAAAAUACGGACACGGAGGUGAUUGGGAACAUAUUUCAAAGGGGACGGAUGAGGUCGGAAGACAUGUCAACGGUCCAGCGAGAAGACGUCUUCGAAAGACGUCUUCGAAAUAUUCUCCGAGUUUAUUUUCACUUGAAAAACGGCUGCGCGCCUUGCAUAAAUCUCAGAAGGAAAUUGGUGAAACAAGAACAAAAAACUGAUUUUUCUUUGAAAGAGAUAAGCAGAUCUGAACAAAAAACAAAGUAAAGGUUGUUUUUUACAGGAGCCAUUCACGUGCUUCUGUAACAGCAAAGACAACUGCAACGGCGGCAGACAACUUCAGAAACUCGAAGAAGAACGCGUCGAGUUGGUGAGUUCAGUUAUAAUUUCCUUUCUUGAGUUGUUCAAUUCAAUGGAUUUUGAGCAAAGCUUAUUCUUGAUUGAUUUUCAAGAAAUUUUGAAACUUUCCGAUAUUCGAAAAAAUACUUAAAUCUGUGGUUUCAAACAUGUGCAGCCGCCUUUUUUUCUGCAAAGCUUCCAAUUUUGCAGUAUUUUUGAACCUUUUUUUUAAUUUCAAAGUAAGGAAUUGAAUAUUAAAAAAACUGAAUUUCACCUUUUAGUAAACUUUUUUUGAAAUAGACUCGAUUUUUCAGGUGACUUGCGUAUGCAAAGGGCCGCACUGCAACAAGGAUCGAACCUGCCUCGGCGAAUUCUGUUCCUACGUCAUCAACCACAAAACCAAGGCCGUAGAACAGGUUGCUCUUCGGUUUUCCUCUGCUUUUGCUCGAAAGUUUCUUUUUUUCAUUGUUGAUUAUUUGAGGGCUGCGUGAACGCGACAGUCCCCUUGAUCGAAAGAAGAACGAUGGGAUCUUGCAUGGCGCCGCCCAUCACUGGAGCCAUGUAUCACACCGUUUCCAAGGUUCUUUUUCCUUUGCUUGUUCAACAAGGAAGCUCGUUUUAAUUUGCGGUUGGAAAUUCCCGGAAAAUUCGUUAGAACAUUCAUUGAUAUACCUGAACUUUUCAGGGGUUCUUUCUCAAAAAGUAGAAGGUUGUGAAGGUUUCUUCACCCGGUUAAUCGUAAAGUAUUCCGGUCAACUUUCAGAAAAUUACCAAAAACAAACUUAAAUGACCUUCCUUGUAAACUUCCGAAACUGACAAAACUGUGAGAGACCUUCUUUGAUCUAGGGGUCUCCACUCGCCGGAAUCGUGAGUUGUAGAUGAUGUAAAAUUUUUUUAAAGGAUUUUUCGUGGUCCAAUAGAAAAUUUUGUUUGUUCAAUUUGCUGUGAUCCUAUGUUUUCAUCCGAAAAUUCAGCGCCGUUUCCGAAAAAGAAACUUUUGUCGAAAAAGCUCAGAAAAAAGAGUUUCAACAACUGAAACCUAUUAAGCGUCUAAAUUUUCAGACCGCUCAAGACCUUUUGGUUACCGAAUCAUGUGUCUGCGGAACGGACUACUGUAACAGUGAGAAGCCGGAGAUUACGGUGAAAGAAAACGAGAAAUGCCGCGCCUACGUCGAGGCCAACGCCAUGGGCAACCACGUCAGUUCGAUCCGAAUCUUUCUUGAAAUUUUGGGGAAUUCCAGAUGAAAAGCAAGAACAUUUCCUGCGACGGCGAGUUUUGUUUCAAGGUACGUUAUUAUUGAAGAUACUUUUUCCACCACGAAAUUAUCGUCAAAGUUCAUUGAAACGAACUUCUUUUGGGGAAAAAAAAGCAAAAAAAAAACCAAAGUGGAUUUCGAAAAAGGUUGAAUUUUUGAAAAACCGUUUAAAAAGUCUAACCAAGUUGUAGAAAAUAUUAGGCUUAAUUCCUACCAAAAAAAAUUCUGCAACCUAUUUGAAAGAAUUUCUUGGAUUUGGAAGAUAUGUCGCCGGUGUGGUCUAACAACAAACCUAUUUGGUUUUAUACGCAAGAAAGCUCAAUAAACAAAAUAUUUUUUGUUUGGAAAGAGAAACUUUUGUAGGUGAACAUGAAGUCGACGUUGGGACACAUCUCGCACUACACGACCUACGGAUGCGCUUCUUUCACCGGAGAAGAUCCGCUCCCCGAGGAGCUCGAUCCAACCGGCUGUGCCAAGUUCGUCUCCGAGAGCCUCACCGUCGAAACCUGCUUCCAGGUUCCUUUUUCUAACUUUUUGAGCACGAUGGUACAUUAUUGAAACCUUGUAGAAGCCCCAUGUUUAUAUUUUUGUUUUUGUGAUCAGAUUGAAAAAUAAAUAAAAAAAUGACCGGUUAACUAACCGGUCAUUUUUAUUAUUUUUUUAUUUUUUUCAAAACUCUCUAUAUCACUCGGUACUAAUCUCUCUCCAAGCUUUCUAGGUAUCUAAGCCGUAGCAUUAGAGAUAGUUCAAUCUUUUUGAUUAAAAUAGGUAAACGAGAGAAAUUAUUUGUCACUUAAAGGACCUUCGUAAGGCACAUUUUGUGAUUCAUCAUAAAUUCGUCCAUUAAAACCAAAAACCAACAAGUUGCAGACCAAGGACAAGUCGGCGGUUCGUCGAGCUCUUGCCAAUAAAGAGGUCCCGCAACGGCGUCAAUCGGCCCGGAAAGGAUCAAAGUAACUUUUUUUCCAAGUUUGCAACAUAAUCCGAUUUUCAGAAAACCGAAGCAAAAAAUGGAGAUUGAGUACGAAGAAGAAGGCGAAGAAGGAUUCGAAGAGGAAGAGGCCGAGCCGAAAGGAAAAGCUCGAAAAGGUAGGUGUUUCUGAAGAUAGUAGGACUAACUAACGAGGAACAGGACCAAGCCGCGCAGACCGAGUAGAGGAGGAAGAGAGCAAGAAGGAGAAAGAGACAGAGAAAGAAAAGGAAAAGGAAAAGGAAGAGGCGAAAGAGGAAGAGGAAGAAGAGGCCGAAGAAGAGGAAGAGGAAGGCACCACGGAGAAGACGUUCAUCUUCGAGAAGCCAACUCAACCCCCGAUCCCCGACGACUCCAACACCACUAUGGUCGGUGACACGUUUUACCAACAUAUGCUGAACUAACUCUUUUUGCAGAUCGCCGUUUUCGUUUUGAUAAUCUUGUGUAUCCUGGGCUCAGGCAUCGUUUGGAAGUUUGAACUCCACAAAAAGCUUCAACGCAGCAGUUACGAUGCGGUUGCUGGCGGAUAA